CCUGGUUUCCUAUUUCUUACAGAGGGUACAAAAUGCAGCAAGAAGCAGUGAGAAGGUGACCUACAGCCCUCUAGAAGCCGGGGCUGGGCUGGCAUGGUGUUUUCCCAUGCCUGCAGAGAGAUACCCCAGGAGGCAGGUUCACAGUCAGGAGGGGCCGUCCUGGCCCGCACUGUCCCAUCCCUGGCUUCCGGAUGGAGCACAGAGACAGCCCAGGCCCCAAUAAGCCGCGCGGGCGCCGGAAGAGGACCGGCCCUCGGUAGCCCUGCCCUGCCCCGCACCGAACCCCGCACCGAACCCCGCACCGUCUCCCCACGGCACAGUCUACCAGGCCAUGCUCCCUGCAGUCCUCCCCGCCCGCGCGACGGGCGACAGGUGGUGCGGGCCCCGCCGCUUGCCUGGAAAUGCGAGCUACCUGGGCAGGAUGCACAGAAACCCUCAGCACCCAGCCAUGGGCCAAAGACACCAUCGGGCAAAAAGAUGAAGGCUCCCCUGUCCCGGUCGUGGAAGCAGGACCGUGAGCAGACUCUGGCGGCAGCUUAUGUGCCAGUGGUGGUGGACCCCAGGGGCCAGAAUGUGGACAAGCUCAGGUUCAAUUUCUACAGCUCCCAGUACUCCAACUCCCUGAGCCCCUUCUACACCUUGCAGAAGCCCUCCUGCGGCUACCUGUACCACCGGGACACCGACCACACCCGCAAGCGCUUCGACGUGCCUCCUGCUAACGUGGCUUUGUGGCGUUCCUAGUCCUGUGCCCACCAGAAGCCCCCGCCUGCUCCCUUGACCCCAGGGUCCCUGGGCCUCAGGCAGUGGACCGUUCCCCGGGCUAGGGCAGCUGGGACAUGCCCACUCUCAACACUGGCUAAGGGAGUUCUCUCUCCUUGACAGCAAUUAAAGUUUGUUCUUCCUUUCCCUGGCA